AUGAGCAAUUGCAUCACCUCCUUGUGCCCCUUGCGAUAUGCCAUAUGGAGUGCAGUAUCUCCGGAUAAAGUCUGCGCAGUAACGUCGGCGCCUUUCUUGAGUAAUUGUUGUACUAUCACCUGGUUCCCGUUGUUCGCUGCAAAGUGCAGAGCCGUUAGAUUAAAGUUAUCCUUCGCCGUCACCUUGGCUCCCUUCUCAAUAAGCAACCGCACUACCACCUCAUGUUCACUAUUGGCUGCCUCAUGUAGAGCUGUCCCUCCGGCGCUAUCCUUCGCUGCGACGUCAGCUCCCUUCUUGAUGAGCAACCGCACUACCGUCUGGUGUCCGCUCUUGGCUGCCUCGUGGAGCGCUACCCCUCCAGAACUAUCCUUCGCUCCAACAUUGGCUCCCUUCUCGAUGAGCAACCGCACUACCGUCUCGUGUCCGUUCUUGGCUGCCUCAUGUAGCGCCGUCCGUCCGGCACUAUCAUUCGCUGCAAUGUCGGCUCCCUGCUCGAUGAGCAACCGCACUACUGUCUGGCGUCCGCUCUUGGCUGCCUCGUGA